UCUCUCUGGCGUUGUUGUCCUCGGUGACGCGGCGGAGGUGUAGCCUGACGCGGUCUCUUACGUGUCGGACCGAAUAAAAGUGGAGCUCCGGAGGCCUGCGAGUGACGGGGAGAGCGGGUCCGUGUCGGGUUUUCUAAAUGACCAUGGAGGCAGGAGCAGACGUCCAGCAGGGUGGGGACACUGCUGUCUCUGAGACCGAUACCCAACAGAUUGCCACUUUGGCGCAGGUUUCAAUGGCAGCAGGGCAGGUCUCAGCCAGCGGACCUACCGUGACCCUGGUGCAGCUGCCCAAUGGUCAGACGGUUCAGGUUCAUGGGGUCAUACAGGCUGCCCAGCCUUCAGUUAUCCAGUCCCCCCAGGUCCAGACUGUACAGAUCUCCACCAUCGCUGAGAGUGAGGACUCGCAGGAGUCGGUGGACAGCGUGACGGAUUCUCAGAAACGGAGGGAGAUCCUCUCCAGAAGACCGUCUUACAGAAAGAUCCUGAACGACCUGUCAUCAGACGCUCCAGCGGUUCCACGGAUAGAGGAAGAGAAAUCGGAGGAGGACUCUGCUCCAGCCAUAACAACAGUCACGGUGCCAACGCCUAUUUAUCAGACGAGCAGCGGCCAGUACAUCGCCAUCACGCAGGGAGGGGCCAUCCAGCUGGCCAAUAACGGAACAGAUGGGGUUCAGGGACUCCAGACCCUGACGAUGACCAACGCGGCGGGCGCCCAGCCAGGCACCACAAUUCUGCAAUACGCCCAGACCAGCGACGGCCAGCAGAUCCUCGUGCCCAGCAACCAGGUGGUUGUGCAAGCUGCCUCCGGGGAUGUCCAGGCAUACCAGAUCCGUACUGCAGCUGCCAGCACCAUCGCUCCCGGGGUGGUUAUGGCGUCCUCUCCUGUUCUGUCUGGCCAGGGAGGGGCAGAGGAGGCCACACGCAAGAGGGAGGUCCGCCUCAUGAAGAACAGGGAGGCAGCGCGGGAGUGCCGUCGGAAGAAGAAGGAGUACGUCAAGUGUCUGGAGAACCGCGUGGCCGUGCUGGAGAACCAGAACAAAACCCUCAUCGAGGAGCUCAAAGCACUUAAAGACCUUUACUGUCACAAAUCUGAAUAACUCUGCUGCUCUGCAUCCUCACAAAUACACACAUACAUACAGACAUAGACAUACACACACAAAAAACCACACACACGUCUGUGUCUCAGCUGCCAGACAGACUGUCGUCGUCGCUGCCCCCCUCCAGGUUCUUCAGAGACAGAGACUCUUUUCACAUGAAGCCUGGGUGGCGUUCUUCUCGUUUUCUAUGUAUCUAUACAUUUUUUAAGGAAAAAAAAGCAACAAAAAUAUUAUUAUGGGUUUGCAGGAUGAGUGAGGGGACGAUACAGACAACUACAGCGGAUAUGAAAACUUUAUUGUCUUUAAUCAUUUUUCUUUCAUUCGUUCAUUUUGUUUCCUGUGAAAAGAAAUGAGAGAAGCAAACUUUUAAAAGAUUAUGUAUUUGACUUUCUUUUGACACACAACUCCUAAAGGCCCAGCAGAAGGUGGAUGAGUGGUGGAUCACAAUUGGAAGUUUGACGUAAGGGCAAAUAUACAAAUAUAUACCUGGCCUUCAGAAGGAAGACUGGCUGCAACUGGACUCGCACUCAAGCUCACACCUGGAUUCGCCUCGGAUUCACCACAUACAACGGAGUCGCUACAUCAUUCAAGUCAUACAACAAAUAUGCAGCUAAUCAGAUUUGAGCUUCACGCUUUUUCUUUCUGGGCUAUUUCUCUUUUUUUUUGUGAUUUUCACUUUCGAAAGCUCCCACAAGGCAUCAGAUAGUUUGGAUGACCACCACAGCUCCACCAAUCAUGACUUUUUAAUGGAGAUGUGGAUCAUCCAGUUCAGUUCCAUUCAUUCAUCCACUCAUGGGAAUUUGGAAUUUUCAGAAUGGGUCAUAAUCAGCAUUUCAGCAGCCGGGCCCAUUGCUGUUGUUUUAUUGCUUUUUUCUGUUACACUCAAACCCUGUUUUUGUCGGGGUGAUUUUUUUUUUUUUUGUAGGAAUUUGUAGCUCUGUUGCUAUUGAGAAAAAGAUGUAUGCCUCUAUUAAUGAGUUUUGACAUGAUUUUGACAUUUAACAUGCUGCCUCUGCCUUGUUAUUUUGUUUUUUACUUUAAUUUUUUAUUUUUUUUCUCUUGCGAAAUUAGCAGUGUUGCUUUUGUUAUGAAAUGUAGGACGUCAAUCAAAUUUCAAUCUGAAAUCUUCGACACUGAUCAGUUGGUGAAUUCAGCGGGUUUGGAUGUACCAUUGCAAAGCACUGAAAAGACUAGACAAUAAGCUUUCCAGGAGCAUCAUGCUGUAGCAAAUCAGCAGCCUUUGAUUGAUUCAUCUAUGCCAGUUUUCAGAGAGCUGGUUGUUCGUAUCCUUUUUUUAAUGAUCUAACCAAGCGUGAAUCCAGUAAUCUAGUAAAGCUGGGUUCACAGUACAUGAUUUUAGGUCUGAAAGAAGCCUAAAAUUUGAGGCAAAUAACUUUUCGCCCUGUUGCUGUGUGUAAAAACCUGAAAGACGCGAUCUGAGACAAAUAUCUAGCUAGCAGAUUAAAUAUUUGGACCUAAUGGUGACUUCUAUACAGGCAGCUAGUGUGCAAGAGAGGGUGAGGAAUAUGUAAUUUUGAAUCUUUAAAGGAGAACCCCGGUGUAAAAUUUACUUUUUGGUGUAGUAAAACGUGUUAAAAAGCAUUUACCUUUGUUAAAUAGCACUCCACCGCUCUUCUACAGCUUCCUGAGAUACAGUACUUCUGUACAACAGCCGUACCGAGGCAUAUUUUGCCCUGAUAAUUCGCUUUUUACACCAUUAUCCAUUUUAAAAGUAGCUCCACACCUCCUUGGUAGAAUCCCAGAAGCCCUGACAUUUAAAACGAGGCAUUAACAACUUAAAAAGUGCACAAGAACCUUAUUAAAAACCACUCUUUACGUCCUAUAACGCUAGCUUCAGCUCCGAGAACCCCAUCACUGUACUGAUAGUAACAUAGAUCUGUAUACAUAGACUCCGCAUAGCCGGCUGCUAAUUACUGUAUCUCAGGAAGCGAAGGCUCUGUAGAAGAGAAGGCUAUUCAACAAAGGUAAGUACUUUUUAUCAUGUUUUACUACACCCAGAGUUUUCCUUUAAGGCAAUUGUGGUUUGCACACUUCACGACUGAUCCGUGACACGGCAUCACAAAUUUCUAGAUCUUUCACCAGGAGGAACACAAAUACACACACACACUGACUAUCUGCUCUCAAAACAUCCCGCUAUGUCAGGAAAACACAGACAAGAACUCUUCUAAAACUUCUGAAAUUAGUUUUUCUUUCCAAAAUGAAUGCUUGUAAAGUAGUUUCAUUUGCUAAUUUGCUUUUUCUUUUCUUUUCUUUUUUUGCUGUAAAUUCUGCAAAUUCUGUUGCUUAUUUCUGAUGGAUGUUAGAAAAACUAAUGUUCUGUAGCAUGGCAUUGCAUCAGUUCUUGCAUGUUUUCUUGUCAAAGUGUGAAUUUAGAGAGAAAUUAGGCUUAUUUGUGUGUUUCUCCUGGUGAAAUAUUAUUUUGUAGUGUAAAUGGCACAAUGAUCUGAUUCCUCCAAAAGUCAUGUAUUGUGAACCCAGACCAGAACCGACAUUAAUGCUUGUAUACAUUUGCCCUUUUUGGCUAAACUUGGGGUCAGUACAUUUAGUUUGUAUUGUAAUGGUUAAGGCUACACUUCCUAAAGCUGAAAUUAAAGGUGCUAUAAAUGUUUUUUUGAGCGAUACCAUAGAAGAACCACGUUAUUUUUCUGAAUUAGCCACAAGGCUUUUUUAAAACCUUUAAAGGAACUGUAGGAAUCUGGUUCUUCUAUGCCAUUCUCAAAAAAAAAAACAUUUAAAGCUCCUUUAAUUUUUGAAGUGUGGUGUUUACAUGAAAAAGGGGGCUGAUUUUAGAUCAGCAACAAUGGAAAUGGCUUGUACCUGAAACUCCUUGCUGUAAUGAAACACCAUGUUAUGUUAUACUUCUGCCAUGAAAUGUAGCCAUCUGUAACAAUAUUAUAUGCAUCCUACUUUUUAA